AUGCCGUUUGCUGUCAAAACGGCUUUACCCUCUUCCACCAUUAAAUCCGAGAAUUCAAUAUGGGUGAACACCGAUGAGGUUGUCAUACAAGGCUAUGGGGAUGGUUCGUCACAUUGCCAUAAUGAUGGUAAAAUAAAAAUCAUAGACAUGCUCAAAUCCAGAUUUGUCCUACCAAAGACCCUAAAAGUUAUCCAGCUCAGAACUGUUAAUGGAAUUACAACAAAGUUUCCAACAACAGAUGAAAAAAAACACUUGCCUCAAUUUAACACCCAAAAUCUGGCCCAAAACCUAGAAUAUUUUUCCAUUACUCCUAAUUCAGAAGAGGCAUAUGUGAUGAACAUGACCAUCAACAAAUGGUUAAAGGGAUUAACCGCUAUCUCACCUCCAUCGCCCUCUAAUGUUGGCAUCCGCCGUUACAAUGUCAAAAAAGUUGAACUGCUUGAGUCAGAUCAGUUACUUCUUUGUCACCGCUAUGGGUUCCCAUACGCGGUGUUUUAUUGUCAUCAACCGACGGCGACCAAGGCGUUUUCCGUUCACUUGUCGGCAGCGGUUGAGAGUGAAGACGGCGGAUUAGAGGCUAUAGCGGUUUGCCAUAUGGAAACCUCUAAGUGGAGUGCAAACUACAUUGGGUUCAAGGCACUUGGAGUCAAACCGGGAACUCCUAUUUGCCAUUUUCUUCAUUCCCGUGAUCUUCUCAUGUAUGUACCCAAUUAA